AUUUGUACACUACCUAGGUACAUGUUACGUCCCAGCAAAGUCUAUGGAUUUGACAUGCUUCUCCUUCCCAGUAUCAUUUCCGGAUACUUCGCCAUUCAGCUAAUGUUUCAAUUCGAAAUCGACAUACUCGGGCGUGCCUGGAACUUUGUUUUAUUCACACGUGGUAUGUGCGCUUACAUCAUGGGCCCCAUGGAUAGGAUCCGCACACACAAGAAUAUGCAAAGAAAGGCUGAGCUUGAUCAAGGCUUGAGAGACAUCUUGGGAAAGCUGUCGAGAGAAAAACUGCGAAAUAUUCCAGAGUCACGCCUCAAUGGCAUCCAUGCUUUACCCGUGGAGCUUUGGAGUCAGAUCAUCAACCAUGUCCUGGACCUAUGUUUCCAACCCAGAAGGCGGCAAUGUCGUGAUGUUUUCAGGGUACUGAGGUUACGCUUCGUAUGCCGUACGUUGUGAGCCUUCCCAGCCAUAAAGACAACAAACUGACGUUCGAGGUAGGUGCUUUCGACGAGGAGAUACGACGGGCAUUGCAUCAGCGCUUGGGCCUGAACCAAUUGCCAUACUAUCUUUUCCUGGCAUACAACAUAGAGACUUCGGAUACUUCCCUUCGUAAUGCAUUCCUUGCAUCGGCGCUAUACCGCGAAACACAGCGUUGUUCUGAAAACGGCGCUAUUCAUCCCAUAGCAUAUCGUAUUAAGAACUGUGUUCUCGUGGCCCAACACCUAUCGUUUGAUCACAAUGCCCAACGGGAGCAGCAAUUGUACAAAAAAUUCUGUACCUCCGCAUCAGCAUCGUACUGUUGUAGGAGAUACAUCUUCGACUUCCGAUACGGGCCCAAAGAACCUGUUCUUGGCGUCGAUAACCCUGGUGGCUUCGCAAGGGAAAGCGACAUUCUUCUCGAAGUCUCUCUACUCGUCGCCAACGGCUACCAGCUUACAAAGGUGAAGCGGUGGAUGGUGAGGCUUGGUAGGUUAGGACUCUUGGCUGGCUACAGGGAACAUGCUAUACCUCAUCGCAUUGUAUCGGUAAGCGCACCGGUAUGCGGAUUGCGGAUUCGUGAUCCAUGUACACUGGGUUCGCACGAAUCUCUAUCCCGUGAGGAAAUUUACUUGGCACUCACUCAACCGUCAUUGUCAAGUAUGUGGGAGCGAGAAAUUGAUCAAGAGCUGGAGGAAAUAGAAAGACAAAUCUUGUAGGAUAUCCGAGACCUCUGGCGCUGAUGUUCAGUUUCGGAGGCUCUGCGGCUCUGGGGAAGCUAAGCAGCAGGCAUCUGGGAGCGGGCCCCAGCAAUUAUAGCCGAAGCGUACCUGCGGGAUGGUGCGGGGUAGCAAGUUGAGUGAAGUGCGGGCAGGCAUUCGCGCUCGAGAUGGCAGGCGCGACAGCAGUCAUUGAGCUAUAGUAAUAGACGCAGAAUACGCGCGCAAUGAUACAG